GUGCUAUUUUCCUACUCUUCUCCUUCACACUCCACACUCUCUACCCAGUUCAUCUUCUUCCAUUGCUUAAGCUUUUUAGGUGUAAUUCUCAUCAGAUUUGCAAUACUAAAUCUAUGUUGAAUGCUUUUGUUUGCAAUCUUCAAUUUGAUUUUCUGUUUUUUCGCUUCUUUUUCUUCCCCAAUGUCCCCCUUUUUUGCUGAUUAAUUCGGUGCAUUUUGAGCGAUGCUCACUUAUUUUGAAUUUUCUUGUUCUUACGCAUGAUUUUGAUUUAGUAAUUUCUACUUCAAAUUAAAAAGUUUUUGUUUCGGAGAUCUCGAAGCGUAUUAGAGAAAACGCCAUGGUGUUUUAGUUUAUUUGUGAGAUGUGUGCUUGUUUGCAUCUCGAGUGUGAAUCUUCAUGCGUCGUUUCGAAUUUGAAUCCCUCAGUUUUCAUUUGGGUCUGAUUUGUUUGCUUGAUUUUCUAUUAUUUUCCCACUACAUGUCAUGGGAGGGAAAUUAUCCCUCCAUUUCUGUAUAGGCAGCAGCUGCUAGCUAUGCAUCUUCCAUUUCAGUGAUUAGGCUUUCCACAUGGGAAGAGUUUGCUUUAAUUUCUUUAGAUUACUGGUCAUGAGCACAUUUCCUUCAUUUUAUUUCAUUAUGCAAUUCUAGUUGUCAUUUUCUCUAACAUGUUGAAUCUAUUGCUACAAGGUAUGGCAUCAUCUUCUGAUGACAGGCAAGAAGAGAGCGGUGGAUUUUUUGGCAACAUAAAGAAAUUCCUUGAUUUCAUUUUCAAAAUAAUUGAUAAAGUUUUCAAGAUCAUGCCAAUUGCGUCUGUUACAGGGAUUCAUAUCCCUUCACUCAGUCUAGAGAAGUUAGAUCUUUCUGCUGAUGUGCUUAUUAAGAACCGAAGCCCUCUUUCAAUCCCUCUUGUUGCGAGCGACUACUUAGUUGAGAGUGAUGGAAACAAACUUAUUUCUGGGGAAAUAUCAGAUGUCGGAAAUAUUGAGGCACGUAGCGAGAAGACUGUCACAGUAGAAGUAUGUUUCAUUUUUGAAGAAAUAAGAAACAUUGGUUUAGAAAUUAGGCCUGGAAGUGUCAUUCCUUUCAGGAUUAAGGUUGAUCUCAAUGUACAUGUUCCUAUAUUUGGAAAGCUAACUCUGCCCCUUGAGGAAACUGGAAAUAUUCCAAUACCUGACAGGCCUGAUAUUGAUCUUGAGAAAAUACAAAUUACGGAGUUUUCCUUUGAAGAAACUGUUUCUGUGUUUCAUUUGAAGUUAGAAAACAAGAAUGAGUUUGAAAUGGGCCUCAAAGGAUUAGAGUAUGAGAUUUGGCUAUGUGAAAUAAGCAUAGGGGGUGCACAAAUAGAACAAUCUGCAGAUGUUGGCCAUAAAGGAGUUACCCUAAUUGAAAUUCCCAUAACCUUCAGGCCUAAGGAUUUUGGACAAGCAAUUUGGGAAGCGAUUACGGAACACAGCAUUAAUUACGCUAUUAAAGGACAUGUUGAUGUGGAUACACCUUUUGGAACAAUGAAGUUGCCCAUAGACAAGGAGGGUGGUGCACCCAUUCAUAAGUAGAGAACAGUGGCUUAAAGAGUGUUGUAUCCUAGAAGCUGCUGUUAAAUCAUUGGAAGAGGUUCUGUACAAUAAUGUAUUCAUGGGCUCUCGAGGUAUUGGGCGUGAGAUAUAAAUAUACGUGUCAAGCGAAUAAGUUGUUUUCAAACUCUAAAUUAAUGCUUAUAUUAUAUUUUAUUACUCUGUCUGUGAACUCAUCAUGUGUGAGUAAUAAACUACGCGCUAUUCUCUAAAUCCAUGCAUGCACUUUUUAAUUUUUUUUUUUCAUAUUUUUGUUACGUCCUGUGGAUGGGAAAUAAAGAGAAUUGCUGAUUUGAUUUGUUAAUAUGUGCUAA